AUGGAGAGGGCCUCGUUCGAGGCACUUCUUGGCCAAUGCAGCAAAACAAAGGCGCUACUGAGAGGCAGGAAAGCUCACGAGAAGCUCAAGGCUCAUGGCUUCCAUCACGAGACUUACAUGGGCAACCUCCUCGUCCAAAUGUAUGGAAGCUGCGGGGCUCCACAAGAUGCCGCACUGGUCUUUGAUUCGAUUGCACAGCGCAAUGUCUUCAGCUGGAACAAUCUACUAGCGGCUUACACUCACAGUUGGAACUUGCGAGAGGCGGAUAUAAUCUUUAGAAAGAUGGCUCAGCACUCGCUGGUAACUUACAGCACCAUGAUCACAGUGAAAGCAAGAGCGGGGAGUUUAGAGGAGUCUAGGGACUUGUUUGAUCAUCUCCCCGAAAGCAGCCUUUCUUCUUCCACAACUAUGAUGAUAACAUACGGGAAAAAGGGAAAUACCAGUGACGCAAAACAAAUCUUUCAUGCUACAAAGAACCGAGACGUGGUAGCAUGGAAUGCAAUGUUGUCAGCGCUUACCCAAAAUGAAGAACUUGAGGACGCAAAACUUUUUCUACAAAGAAUGCCGUUCUACAACGUUGUGACUUGGACAGCCAUAAUAUCAGGCUACAUAUACAGUGGCAACAUUGGACACGCAAAGGCAUACUUUGACAACAUGCCGGAGCGAAGCACCAUCACCUGGAACUUGAUGAUCUCGGCAUAUGCCCAGUGCGGGGAUUCAUGUCAAUGUAGACGUCUGUUCGACAAAAUGCCCGGAAGAACUGCCGAAUCGUGGAACUCAGCAAUGCAGGCUCUAGCUAAAGCUGGAAGCGUAGAGGAAGUAGCAAAGAUGUUUGAGCUUAUGCCGGAGCGAGAUAUAGUUUCAUGGAACGUCAUGCUGCUGGCUUCCAAGCAGCUCAAAAACGCCGAGAGCUUGUUUGCGAGCAUGCCUCCAGGACGAGACGUAGUCUCUGGAAAUAUCAUGCUAGGAGCUUAUGCCAAGGCUGGACGAAUGGAUCUCGCUGAUAGCUUCUUCGCAAGGAUGCCACAGCACAGCUCCGUGUCGUGGAACGAGAUGAUCCAAGCGAGCGCCCAGCUCAGCGAUGCCUCCUACUCGAGCUUGCUUUUUGCGAUGAUUCCGGAGAGAACUGUGGUCACCUGGACGGCGCUGCUUUGCCUCUACGCACAGAACCGCUGCGUGGAGGACGCUCGCUUCUUCGUCUUCGAUAAGAUGCCGCAGCGAAACCUUGUGACUUGGAACUCGAUGGUGGCAGCAUACGCACAGCUUGGAAAUCCGGCGGAGGCUCUCGAGCUCUUCAAGUCCAUGGAUUUGGAAGGGAUAACUCCCAAUGAGAUCACGUUCUCGACCGCCAUCGACGCGUGCACAACGCUCCACUGGUUUGAGCUCGGCAGGAUCAUCCACUACGAUAUAGUUGCCGCUGGAGUGGAGCCAGAUGCGUUCCUCGCCACUGCAUUGGUGAGCCUCUAUGGAAGAGCCGGAUCGCUCUCCACCGCGAGAGCACUUUUUGAGAGGAAUCCGAACAAGGUGGUCGGGUCCUGGAAUGCGAUGAUCACGUCCUAUGCCGACAACGGGCUGGCCGGAGAAGCACUGGAGCUGUUUAGCGCGAUGCAGAUCCAUGGAGUGGAUCCCGACCACGUGACUUUCAAGAGCGUCCUAUCGGCUUGUAGCCAUGCUGGGCUGCUGCUCCAUGGUGUCGUCAACUUCGGCUCCAUAGAAAUGGACUUUGGUGUAAUGCGAACAGGAGAUCACUAUGAGUGCGUUAUUGAUCUUCUCUCGCGAUCUGGAAUGCUGCAGCAAGCUGAGGAGCUCGUUGCCAAGAUGCCGUUUGAACCGGGAUGCUCGGCCUGGAGGAUACUUCUCGCUGCAUGUAAGAGUCACGGCGAUGCUAAGAGAGGGGAGUACCUAGGCAAGCAAGUGCUCGAGCUUGACGAGGAUGGCAGCAGUGCUUCGCCUUACAUCGUUCUGUCGAGCAUCCACUCUCAAAGUGCCGAGGUUGAUCGAGGCUUAUUGGAAACCUGCUCCUGUGAGUGA